UUCAAAAAAAUUUACAACUGGUCAAGCUUCCGCGUCUUCUGCCAACAGGGGCGUUGAAAAGUCUCUCUCUUUCUCUGGCAGAACCAUUUGGAGUCUUGAAACUUGUUUCAGAUUUAUCGUUAUUUGUAUCUGGGUUUGUGGUUGACUCGUUUAAACAAGGGUGGUGCUUGCUUCCUGCAAUUGUUUAUUGGAAUUGUGAAUUGAAGGUUCCAUGUUAUGAGUAUUUUGAUUGCAUUUAAGUGUUGUUCCAGAUAGCUAAAUGAGCUUAUUUGAUCAAUAAGGAGUUGGAAUUUAUUCAUAUUUGUACAUUAGGACCUAGGAGUUGUAAAAUGAUUGGCAGAAAAAGUACAGGGCAUCCAUCGCCAUUAGUUUUGGUGCUUUUGGCACUUGGGUUUUUCUUUGCAACAUAUAAUUUAAUAACUUUGGCAUUAAGCUACAAGGCCUCCUGGGCAGGAGAUGAAUUGAAUACAUUAGAUGCUGAUACUGGAGUGGGGAGUUCUGAUUUGAAAUAUCAUGUUGCCCUUACGGCAACUGAUGCUCCAUAUAGCCAAUGGCAGUCUCGCAUUAUGUAUUACUGGUAUAAGAAAGUAAAAGAUAUGCCUGGAUCAGAUAUGGGAAAGUUUACACGAAUAUUGCAUUCAGGAAAGCCUGACAAGUUGAUGGAAGAGAUUCCCUCUUUUGUUGUUGAUCCUCUUCCAGAAGGUCUUGACCGGGGAUAUAUAGUUUUAAACAGACCCUGGGCUUUUGUGCAAUGGCUGGAAAAGGCAACAAUUGAUGAAGAAUACAUCCUCAUGGCAGAGCCUGACCACAUAUUUGUUAAUCCGUUACCUAAUUUGGCUCAUGGAAGUAAUCCAGCAGGUUACCCAUUUUUCUACAUUAAACCAGCUGAACAUGAGAAAAUUCUUAGGAAGUUUUAUCCCAAAGAAAUGGGUCCAGUGACGAAUAUUGAUCCAAUUGGAAACUCUCCUGUAAUCAUUAGAAGGUCUUUGCUAGAGGACAUUUCACCUGUGUGGUUGAACGUUUCUUUAAAAAUGAAAGAUGACCCAGAGACUGAUAAGGCAUUUGGAUGGGUGCUAGAAAUGUAUGCUUACGCUGUAGCUUCUGCAUUGAAUGGGGUGCGGCAUACACUUCGUAAAGACUUUAUGCUACAGCCACCAUGGGAUUUAGAAGUAGGGAAGAAGUUCAUAAUUCAUUAUACUUAUGGAUGCGACUACUCUUUAAAGGGAGAGUUGACAUAUGGGAAGAUCGGAGAAUGGCGUUUUGACAAGAGAUCUUAUCUUAGUGGCCCUCCACCAAGAAACCUCUCCUUACCCCCUCCAGGAGUUCCUGAAAGUGUGGUGAGACUUGUGAAGAUGGUGAACGAGGCUACUGCUAACAUUCCUGGGUGGGACACAUUAACUAGUGGCUGAUAUCAAUGGAAGAUCACACGCUGGUGGAAUUUCUGCUUGGUCAUUGCUACUAGCAAUCUCAGGAAGAGAUUUGUUGAUUCGGAUCACAGGUAACAAAAGGUUGGUAUAGGGGGGAAGAGAAAAUCACGAAUCAAAUAAGGGACCCUUGAUUAUUCAGACCUCUAAAUUCUUCUGCUCUCAUUUUGUUUACAUUCAGAGUAUAUAGUUGAAAUUUGUUGCUGAAUGUUACAAACCUGUAAAUUCAGAAUUCCUUGCUGAGAUUAUUUGUUAUAGUCUUUUUGUUCAGAUAACAACACAUGGACAGAUUUUGUUUUCAAAAUUUCCAGUUGAUAUAGACAUAGAAUUUCGUUGUGCACGAAGCAUUUCUUUGUACUUCUGAUGAGAAUAAAAUGGCUCAAAUG